AUGGGUGCACUAGAACGUUCAUCAUCUUCGCACAGGCGCGACUCCCCUAGGAGGUCUCAUAGGAAACGCAGUAGAAGCUCUCAUCGACAUCAUAGAAAAUAUUCUAGUGAUAGGAAAGAUCGUUCUAGAAGUCAUAAUCGUGAUAGGAGACGACAUGAUCGCCACAAGCGACGUCAUAGGGAUUCUUCCAGAAGUUCCUCCAGGGAAAGUCCACCUUCUAAGCAAAAUGAUAGGAAUGAUAAACAUGAAGUGAAAGAAAAUGCUUCAGAAAAACCGAAAGGUGAUUCUGUCGUAGAUGUGAAGUCUUCUGUGGAUACUACCAAACUCGACCGCUUGUCCAGGUUUAAAAAAUUGGCUGAGAGUAGAAAGAAAAUGGUAUCAGAAAACAAUAAUGCCAUAUCUAUGAAAAUCACAAGUUCAGACAAGGCAAAACCUGAAACAAGUGUGUUGCCGGUUUUCCAGGCUUCAAAUGAGAGUUCAUCAAAUAUUCAACAAAUGACCGAUAGUUUAGAUGAUGGAAUAGAUCCAUUAGAUCGGUACAUGCUAAAAUUAGAGGAAGAGAAUAAAUAUGAGUUGCAAGAAAGUUUUAAUCAGAUUUUACCCAUAGAAGAAACUGAAGAACAAGUCGAUCCCUCCAAGGUUGUAACUUUGGAGGACAUAAUGGCCUGGUCUAAUGAUGAUAAAGUCAAAGAUGAAAAUAUAGACGAGGAAGAUUUCGUAUCUCGCUUAAAAGAAAAAUCAAUUGUUGAUGUAAAUGACACUGUUGCCUCCGAUGAUGAACGAUACUUUAGUGAUAAUGAUCCUGAUGUAGAGGAACAUAACAAUCCAAAUUCAUAUUCUGAUUUGUUGGGGAAAAUAAAGACAAAGCGUGAAUUACCUCGCGUUGAUCACUCUAAAAUAGACUACCUACCAUUUAACAAGAACUUUUAUGUGCAAGUUUCUGCCAUAACAGCUAUGAAGGAGCACGAAGUAGAUGCCUUUAGAAAGACUAAUGGAAAUAUACGUAUAAGGGGAAAACAAUGCCCACGUCCAAUUUAUAGUUUUUCCCAGUGUGGUUUACCAGAUCCUAUUUUAUCAUUGUUACAAAAGAGAGAAUAUGAAAAGCCAUUCCCAAUACAAAUGCAAUGCAUUCCUGCUUUAAUGUGUGGAAGGGAUGUUAUUGGUAUCGCAGAAACAGGAUCUGGUAAAACUCUUGCAUUUUUGUUACCCGCUAUAAGGCAUGUAUUGGAUCAACCAAAGUUGAGAGAAAUGGAUGGAAUGAUCGUUUUAAUUAUUUCUCCCACUAGAGAGCUUACAAUUCAAAUCUCCAAGGAAUGUUCUAAGCUAUGUAAAACUGUUGACCUCCGAGUUGUAGCUGUAUAUGGUGGUGCUGGCAUAGGAAAACAGUUAAAUUCACUUAAAAGAGGGGCUGAGAUCGUUUGCGGUACCCCUGGAAGAUUGAUUGAUGUUUUAACUACUAGUAAGGGGAAGGUCACAAAUCUGAGGCGUGUGACUUUUUUAGUUUUGGAUGAAGCCGACCGUAUGUUUGAUAUGGGAUUUAGCCCUCAAAUUACCGCAAUUAUAGAUAAUAUUCGGCCAGAUAGACAGACUGCCCUAUUUUCAGCAACAUUCCCUCCAGUGAUUGAAAAUUUGGCCAAAAAAAUUUUGACAAAGCCUCUGCAGAUAAUUGUUGGUGAGCGUGGUAAAAGCGCUUCUCAAGUUGACCAACAUGUGGUAAUAUUACCUGAAGGAAGAAAAAUCUACUACUUAUUAAAAUUGUUAGGAGAGUGGCAUGAACAUGGUAGUAUCAUAAUAUUUGUAAAUAGGCAGUUGGAUGCUGACAAUCUAUUUGCAGAACUACUAAAGUAUGGCUAUGAAUGCGCUGUUCUACACGGUGGACAGGACCAAACAGAUCGUGAAUUCACUCUUCAGGAUUUUAGGGAGGGGAAAAAGGGGAUUUUGAUUUCAACUUCUAUAGCUGCACGGGGGAUAGACGUUAAGUCUGUCGUAUUAGUCAUAAAUUACGCGGCUCCUGAUCAUUUUGAAGACUAUGUUCAUAGAGUGGGUAGAACAGGAAGAGCAGGAAAUUUUGGUACAAGCUAUACAUUUUUGGCGCCAGAGGAAGCCUCAAAAUCCCAUGAUAUAAUUAGAGCUCUUAAAUUGGCAAAUCAAGACGUACCAGAAGAACUAACUCAGUUAGCGCAAGCCCAUUUGGCCACGGUUGAUAGUAAGCAGAGAUUUAAAGGUGGAUUUGGGGGUAAAGGGUUCAAGUUUACGGAUGCAGAGAGGUCUAGACAGCAACAAGAGCGAAGAAAUGCAUGUAAAGAAUUGGGUUUUGGAAAUGAUGAAGAUGAGGAUGAACCUGAUUCUACUCCUAUGAUCGCAAAUGCAAUUGCUCAAUCGGCAAAAACAGCCCUUCAAAGUGCUAAGGAAGUUGCAAAACAAUAUGAAAAGUCGUAUCUGAAUCAACCAACACCAAUGAUCAAGGGACUGUCUUGUGCGGGAUACAUAGACGCUAGCACGGGAAAUACUAUUGACGAAUUUAACAUAAAUUCAUUCCCAGAAUCAGUUAGAUCGAAGAUAACAAACAAGGAGGUUCUUGCACGUGUCUCAGAGAAUACAAAUGUAACGCUGCAGGUAAAGGGAUUCUACAAUCCUAUGGAUCCUGCUACGCGUAACCUAGCGAUGCUUGGUGGUACUAAGGGCUUGUAUAUCGAAAUCAUCGGACCUAGUGUUAUUUCAGUGCAAAGAGCAGUGAAUGAACUCAAGAUGAUUAUACAGGAGAUUACGGUGGGUCAGCCGGGCCAACCUCCGUUACCUAAGCCUAUAGGUCGUUAUACUGUAAUAUAA